UGCCUUGUUGAUUCUAUACUGUUAGGAUUGACGAUAAUAAUUCCCUUCCGAUAAGACAGACCCCGUAAAGUCUCCAUUAUCAACCGUCGCCUCUGUCUUCCCUCCAUCCCUGUUCGUUUCGACUCCCAUCUCUUCCGAAAGACUCGAGAUAUCUUCAGAUCCCGUCCACUAUCUGUCAUGGCUUCUCGACCAGGGCCCGCAGCUAGGGGUGGUGUCACCGGCCGCUUCGCGCAGUUUAAGUUAGUACUAUUAGGAGAAUCUGCGGUCGGAAAGAGCUCCAUAGUAUUGAGAUUUGUGAAGGAUCAAUUCGACUCGUAUCGCGAAUCUACCAUCGGCGCUGCUUUCCUAACACAAACUAUUUCCUUAGAUGAGAACACUACUGUUAAGUUUGAGAUCUGGGAUACUGCCGGCCAGGAGCGGUACAAGUCCCUUGCGCCCAUGUACUACCGUAAUGCGAACUGCGCCGUCGUUGUCUAUGAUAUCACCCAAUCCGCAUCACUCGACAAGGCAAAGGCUUGGGUAAAAGAAUUGCAAAGACAAGCGAACGAGAACAUCAUCAUUGCCCUCGCCGGAAACAAACUGGAUUUAGUUAACGAGCAACCCGAUAAGCGAGCUGUCUCGACUGCUGAUGCUGAGGCGUACGCAAACGAGGCAGGGUUAUUGUUCUUCGAAACUUCGGCCAAGACUGCAGAAAAUGUCCGGGAACUAUUUACUGCUAUCGCGAAGAAGUUGCCGCUCGAUCAAGUCGGUCCCCGACAUACCAGGCCUGGACAGCGACCGGGAGGCGUCAGCUUGGCUCCGGAGGGUACAAAUACACAAUCAGGAGGGCCUUGCGCAUGUUAGAGGCAGUUCUGGGAGCUACUGGAUACUUACGACGCCUGGUACAGCAAAUUGCCUCGUAGCCUACGGAUCUAUCUGGCCCUGGUCCACCUCUUCACUUUUAUAACUACGUUCUCAAGCCUUAUGUUACGGAUGUCAUGCGACGCUCGAGUAAGAGCACUCAAUCAGGCUCUGCAGGACUGCUCGGGCCAGACUAUUGUCCAGACCCAGCUUGAAAUAGAGACUGGAUGCAUUUAAGAAGCAUGAAGAUAGGCGCGAGAUGCUCAAGUGUAUAUUUCAUUGGGAGUUUCUUGGCAGGAGGGCAUACAUCGUUUUUUUAAUACCUGAUUUUUUUGUUGAUCAAGUUCUCGAGGUACAGGCUUGACUGCUGGAUGCAUUGCAGUCGGUCAUGAGCUAGAGGUACGUUUGCGUGUGGCUUAAGACGAACUUAGGACUGAGACUGAACGUUGCCGGGCUACUACGUAUAUAGCUCGACGAAUAAUGCAAUAGAGUAACAUUUCUUCACGACGAGACGAGACGUACUAUUAUAUCAACUUUGAUAAGAGGUUUGCAUUAUGGUUUGUAUACCUAUGAUGUACCUAAGGUAUAGGUAAUUUGUAUGUGCUACGUAUAUGUAGU